GAUGCAGUAGCCACAUCCCAUCAUCCUUUGCGACAAAUGGCUGCGCCCGUCUGAAAAAAAAAAUCGAAGUGAAAAUCGUAAGAAGAUUGAAAAUUGUGAAAUUCUACCGUCGUCAGAUCAGCCAGGACUCAACCGCUAAACAUGCGACCACUAACGGAGGACGAGACGAGAACGUUUUUCGAGAAACUGUCCAAAUACAUAGGUGAGAACAUCAGACUGCUGAUUGACAGACCAGAUGGGACCUACUGUUUCAGACUACACAAGGACAGGGUCUACUAUGUCAGUGAGCACAUCAUGAAAAGAGCAGCGAAUGUCUCGCGUGAAAACCUGAUCAGUAUGGGCACGUGUUUCGGCAAGUUCACCAAGACGGGCAAGUUUCGUCUCCACAUCACUGCACUGGACUUCCUGGCUCCUUAUGCAAAGUACAAGAUUUGGGUGAAACCAGGAGCUGAACAGACCUUCCUGUACGGGAACCAUAUCCUGAAGUCUGGAUUGGGGCGGAUAACAGAGAGCACUAACCAGUACCAAGGGGUGGUGGUGUACUCUAUGGGUGAUAUACCGCUGGGUUUUGGAGUAGCAGCCAAGUCCACCCAGGAGUGCAGAAGAACAGACCCCAUGUCUAUAGUGUGCUUCCACCAGGCUGAUAUAGGGGAGUACAUCAGGGGAGAGGACACACUGACGUAAUGUCAGACAAAAAGAAGUUUGCUACCAACUAUGUAAUAGGAUAAGAGUUGUUUUAAGGCUGUUAGACUGAAAAUGUUACAAUGAAAAUGUGACAAUGAAAAUGUGGCACUGAAAAUGUGACACUGAAAAUGUUACACUGAAAAAAGUGAAAAUGUUACACUGAAAAUGUGUACAUGCUAGGCAUCACCAAAACCCUUCCUCAUUGGAUAAUCUGUGUUGUAGCAAACCACCUAAUUAGUCCACAACAGCCAAUCAUUCCCCAGUGAUUUGCUUCUCCUGUUACAUCAUGUAUGGGACUGAACUGAAAUAAGUCCCCCCAAAAGCACAGUGGUAUACUGUUGUAACUAUUAUGUACUACACAAACUUCCAUUGUAUCUAAGAGAUUCAAGGUAAAGCAUUAAAACCCUGAUGUCGGUACCCUGAAGUCUCCAGAAUAAUUUUCACUUUGAGCCUCUUUCCUGAAGCUUUUUUCACGGUCUUUAAUUUUUCUCAACAGUACAAGUACAACACUAGGACUAUAACCAUACCAUGAAAGAAUUUUGCUAGGUUUAUAGAUAUUUCUUUCAUUUUUCAUGGAUAUAUAUAAUGAGACUUUCCACAGAUUUCUUUGUCCAUGUUCAAAGAUAUUAAAUAAGAAUUUCAGAUAUCCAACAUACAAUUGUUUGUUUACUCUACAUUGAUAAAUAUUGAUACUUCUUGGUAACCAAUGUCUCACACAAUUUUGUCCUAUGUAUUCUAGAUAGUACAUUUCAAAAGAAGGAGAGCAUAGAAAUGGAUAUAAAGCACUUUAAACGUAGAACUACAAGAGUGUAUGGGAGAGCCUUGAGUCUUGUAUUUGUUGGUGUACAUUCAUGAAUAUAAAGUGAAGUAGAAGUCUGCUAUAAUUAAUAUUUUUAGGCAUUAAAAGUGAUAAAACUGUU